CACCCCCCGGACCUUUAGAGAAGUGUCUGCCUGCACGGCUGUCAACUUGUGAUAGUAUUUCUCCGUUUUUGCUAGAUGUCUACCAACUUGUACAUUUUACACGGAGACGACAGCUAGAUCAUUUACUACUCAUGGCUACCAUCGUUCUUUAUUCCAUAAACAGAACGGCGCAAACCACCGUGAGACAAUGUUUGAUUCCUUAUUCAAAGGGAGCUUCCAGAGUGGACUCGCACCUUUCUGUCUUCCUUAAAACUUCAGUCCGCAGGUUAACUUCGCUUCCGAGAGUGAUAUGGGUUCCCAAAGCUACUGGGCGAACCAGGAGAGGCGCAGUGCUGGUAGCUGGAGCAGCGGCGGCAGUGGCGGGGUUUGUGGCCAGCGCUACUCACUUUCAGCGAGCUGAAAUGGCGUCAGUGAUCCCCAAAACCGAGGAGGACACGGAGAUAGCGGAGAAAUGCAAGACAUUCAUGUCUCCGCCGUGUACCGACGUCAAAGUUCUGCAGCAGAGGAAAGAAGAGAUGUGCACGAGGAUGGAGAUGCUGAUCAUGGAGACGCAGGCGGAGUUCUGCAGAGCGCUCGAGGAGGUGGACGGCGGCAAGUUCAAAGUGGACCGAUGGGAACGGAAAGAAGGUGGCGGGGGAAUCAGCUGUGUGUUGCAGGAUGGGAAGGUGUUUGAGAAGGCAGGGGUCAACGUGUCCGUGGUGUUUGGGAACCUGACCGAGGAGGCCGCCAAGCAGAUGCGCAGCAGAGGGAAGGUCCUCAAAGGAAAAGAUGGCAAGCUGCCGUUCUGUGCCAUGGGCGUGAGCUCCGUCAUCCACCCCACGAACCCCCACAUUCCCACAGUGCACUUCAACUACAGAUACUUUGAGAUAGAAGAAGGAGACGGUACUAAACAGUGGUGGUUUGGUGGGGGUACAGACCUGACUCCUACCUAUGUCAAUAAGGAGGAUGGUGCUCACUUUCACAACAGUCUGAAGGAGGCCUGUGACAAACAUCACCCUCAGUACUACCCCGACUUCAAGAAGUGGUGUGACCGGUACUUCUACAUCCCCCAUCGUGGCGAGACGCGGGGCAUCGGUGGCAUCUUCUUUGACGACCUGGACUCUCCCAGCCAGGAAGAGGCGUUCAGCUUCGUUAGGAGCUGUGCCCAGACCGUGGUGCCCUGUUACCUGCCCAUCGUCCAGAAACACCUCAAUGAUCCCUUCAGCCCAGAGGAGAAGGACUGGCAGCAGGUGCGGAGAGGAAGGUAUGUGGAGUUUAACCUGGUGUAUGACAGAGGGGUGAAGUUUGGACUGGCCACGCCAGGCUCCAGGAUCGAGAGCAUCCUCAUGUCCCUGCCCCUCACAGCCAAGUGGGAGUACAUGCAUGAGCCUCCUAAAGGCACCCUGGAGGCCGAUAUGCUGGACGUGUUACGAAACCCCAAGGAGUGGGUCUGACACGGACGUUACCAUGGCGAUAACAUCCUGACUCAACCUGGUGAUGACUGGAACAGGUGUCCGUCCCCUUUCAACUGCAGAUCGUUGCUUUUUCUCAUUGGUCAACUCAACUGCAAACUCAUCACUGACACUAUUAGCUAGUGUUACUGGAAAAGGCACACUCGCUCUUAUUGCUUUUACACUUUGUUUUAAUAAUGUCUGUGUCUGAUAAGCCUUGUUACCACUGCCUGAAUUGCUACAUCAUGGAUGUCUUUUCCUUUUUGGAUCGAUUGCUUCAUCUGUCUCUCAGUGCCCUCUGGUUGUGUUCACCAGGCAGUCUAGGCACCAAACAGAUGUGGGGGGGGAAAGGAAAAACCCUUAUUCUCAUUUUCAGUUUCAAACUGUUUUCUUCCGUCUGUUCGUGCUGAAUGUGUACAAGAAGAGAAAGUGGAUCUGAACCCCUCGGUGUGUGUGGGCUACGCCGUUGAUGUAAAACAUCAUUAAAGAUGUUUUUAUAUCCUAUCUGUCAUCCACCAACAGAAUUUAAUAAUACAAGUUCUAUGAGAAAGUGCAUCGUCAA